UCUCUCUCUUAACAAAUAGAUAAAAAUCUUAAAAAAAAAAAAAAAAAAGAAAUUUGAAAAGGAAAAAUAGGUGGAAAGCAUAUAAUAUCAGAAAUCAAUGUAAAAAAGUCAUCAAAAUGUAAAUUUGCCAAGCAUUCCAAAAUUUUUCAAUCACCUUUUUUAUUUUAUUUUAUUUCAUCUUAUUAAAGAUUUCUUUGAGAGUGCGUGCAUAUGCACAUGUGAGUGGGGGAGGGGCAGAGGGAGAGAAUCUUCAAGCCAACUCCUUGCUGAGUGCUGAACCAGAUGCAAGGACCCAACCUUAUAACCAUGAGAUCAUGACCUGAACUGAAACCAAGAGUCAGGCGCUUAACUGACUAAGCCACCCACGUGCUCCUUCAAUCGUAUUUUUAAACAUCAAGCAAAAAUUGUUUAAAGACACAUAAGAAUUCAGAAAAAUCAAUGAAUGGAGAAAAGGUAUUUUAACAAAAAAAAUUACAGCUAUGUUAAUUACAAAUUCAAAAGAAGUUACUGUAUAAAUCAGAUUACUGGCCCAGGUCCGUCCCCUUUUCUGUGGAGUCUGAGUGAGCCUUCGCAGGUUUUGCUUCCCCACUCUAGAACCGGAUCACCAUGGCGACUGGACAGAAGUUGAUGAGAGUGAUUCGAGUUUUUGAAUUUGGUGGACCAGAAGUUCUGAAACUCCAGUCGGAUAUUGCAGUACCAAUUCCAAAAGACCAUCAGGUUCUGAUCAAAGUCCACGCGUGUGGUGUAAACCCAGUGGAAACAUAUAUUCGUUCUGGUACUUACAGCAGAAAACCACUCUUACCCUAUACUCCUGGUUCAGAUGUGGCUGGUGUAAUAGAAGCCGUUGGAGAUAAUGUAUUCACUUUCAAGAAAGGUGACAGAGUUUUCACUACCAGCACCAUCUCUGGGGGCUAUGCCGAGUAUGCUCUCGCAGCAGAUCACAGUGUUUACACACUGCCAGAAAAACCGGACUUUGAGCAGGGAGCUGCCUUCGGUAUUCUCUAUUUUACUGCUUAUCGAGCUCUGCUCCACAGUGCCCGUGUGAAAGCUGGAGAAAGUGUGCUGGUUCAUGGGGCUAGUGGAGGAGUUGGACUAGCAGCAUGCCAGAUUGCCAGAGCUUAUGUCUUAAAGGUUUUGGGCACAGCUGGUACUGAGGAAGGACAAAACAUUGUUUUGCAAAAUGGAGCCCAUGAAGUGUUCAAUCACAGAGAACUUAAUUAUAUUGAUAAAAUUAAGAAAUCUAUUGGUGAAAAACGAAUUGAUGUGAUCAUUGAAAUGUUAGCUAAUGUAAAUCUUAGUAAUGAUUUGAAUCUUCUGUCAUAUGGAGGACGAGUAAUAGUUGUUGGCAGCAGAGGUCCUAUUGAAAUAAACCCACGGGACAUCAUGGCAAAGGAAUCUAGUAUAAUUGGAGUUGUUCUCUAUUCAUCAACUAAGGAGGAAUUUAGGCAAUUUGCAGCCGCCCUUCAAGCUGGAAUGGAAAUUGGUUGGUUGAGACCUGUAAUAGGUUCUCAGUAUUCACUGGAGAAGGUGGCCCAGGCUCACGAAAAUAUCAUCCAUAACAGUGGGGCUCGUAGGAAAAUGAUUCUUCUCUUAGAAUGAUUAAUUCUUUCAUGUAUUUCCUAUGCAAUUAGAAGUUUCCUGUCCCAGUUUAAUUACACUACCUUUGCUCUAUCAGCAUUCAUUUGAUUCAGUGAGUUUCUUAUAUUAAAAGACAAGAUUUGCCUUUAGAAAAAAAAAAAUAAAUCAGAUUACUAUAUAAUGAUAAAAAGUCAUUUCAGUUUGAAGAUAAAACAAUUCUAAACUUGUACACAUCAAAUAACAUCAAAAUAUACAAGCAAAAAUUGAGAACUAUGUGAAGAAACUGGAAAAUCUACCAUAGCAUAUAGCUCUAAAUAUUUAAUAUAUUGAGCAGACAAAACUCAGAAUUGAAUGGCAUAAUCAUAAAAUGUAAACUUCAGGAUAUGUGAAUAACAUUUUACAUAAGAGGACUGAUAUUCUUUCAGACAUUUGGUACAUGCAAAAAUUGGACUCUGACUUAGCCAUAAAGUUAGUCCAAAAAUGAAAAAAGGGAACAAAGACCAUAUAUUCUGCAAAAUGCAGUGAAUUAUUCAGAAACCCUAAAAAAAAAAAAAGAUAACUUAGAGUUAACUGAUACUUAGUAAUGCCUUAAACUCCUUCAGAGUUUAUAAAAGACUGCUAAUUUCUUUACCAUCUUCCAAUAUACUCACCAUAAAAGAGAUAUAUACCAUAUAGAGAAAAAUAUCAAAAAUGCAGAAACUACUCCCUCUUGGAAUAUAUAUUAUAGAAAUUAGCACACAGCUAAGGAAGAUCGAAAGUUGAAGCACAAAUGAAGUGUUUUUAAAAGAUAAAUCUAAAAUUUUACACAUUUGGAAAAUGUGAGACAGUCCUCAGAAGACAACUGGUAACUUCCAAUAUAUAUAUCUCGAACUUGCUAAAUGGGUAAACGUGGGUAGCAUUAACUUAUUGUU